AUGUCGUUGAAAAUAGUUUGGAAUUUUGUUAUUCUGGUGGCUUUGUUUGAAGAUGCUGUUGCUUGUAAUGGCUAUAAAGCCAAAAUUUUGAAAGCUGAAAAUUGUGCUGGUCCCGAUGGUGUUAUAACCCUGGAUCCUGAUUUCUCGGUUAAGCUAAAUAAGAAAUGUGAAAUAGUUCCCAAGGGUUGUGUUACCAACAAAGCAUUCAGUACAGCCAAUUCGAAAUAUAAAAUUGUCAAGGAUGGCAUGACUGUGUCCGAGGGCACAUUCGACAUGUGUGGCAUGGCUGAUCAGGCACCCGACCAGGCAAGACAAUAUAUGAAUAUGUUUGGCGUUCCAUCAUCGUGUCCCGUUGAAGAUAAUAAAAUCUGCUCCAAUGACAACAAGGUUGAUCUCUCACAAUAUAAAUCGAUGCUUAGCCUUGCCCGGGGUAAUAUUGUUAUUGAUUCGGAAAUAGAACACGACACGGGUAAAUCAUGUUUCCAUGUCGAAAUGCAAAUCUCCAAAUCUUAGAAAACAA